UUAACUGUAGCUAGUUUCAAAAGCCUUUCAAAUUGAAAUUUCAAAUUAAUGAGAAUGAACAAUAUUUUAUUCCUACUUUGCGCCUUAACGGCAGGCGCAAAAGCCAUGCAGCAAGACCACAAAUUGCGCACAGUUAUUGGCAUUGAUCUGGGAACCACAUACUCCUGCGUCGGAGUUUUCCUGAAGGGACGAGCCGAGAUUAUUGCCAACGAUUGGGGCAGCCGUCUGACGCCCUCGUUUGUGUCCUUCGCCGACGAUGGCGAGCGUCUGAUUGGUGAAGCCGCCCAGAACCAGCUGACCAUCAAUCCGGAGAACACAAUCUACGACGUGAAGCGACUGAUCGGACGCGAGUGGUUCGAACAGAACGUGCAGAUGGACAUCAAGCUGUUCCCCUUCAAGGUGUUCAAAAAGAACUCGAGGCCGCACAUACGCGUGAACACUGGCCAGGGCGUCCGGGAGUUUGCACCGGAGGAGAUCUCGGCCAUGGUGCUGGCCAAGAUGAAGCAGACGGCCGAGGAUUUCCUGGGCAAGAAGGUCACCGACGCUGUGGUCACAGUGCCAGCGCGCUUCAACGACGCCCAGCGCCAAGCCACAAAGAAUGCGGCAAAGAUUGCCGGCCUCAAUGUGCUGCGCUUCAUCAACGAGCCGACAGCAGCAGCCAUAGCCUACGGUUUCGACCGAAAGGAGGCGGCCAAGAAAGUGCUGGUGUUCGAUCUGGGCGGCGGCACCUUCGAUGUCUCCGUAGUGAGCAUUGACAACGGUGUGCUCGAGGUGGUGGCCACCAACGGGGACACGCACUUGGGCGGCCAGGACUUUGACCAGCGCGUGAUUGACUACUUCGUGGAGCAGUACGAGAACGAGGGCAAGGACCUACGCAAGGAUCACUGCGCCAUGCAGAAGCUGCGCCACAAGGUGGAGAAGGCCAAGCGGAUCCUGUCCGGCGCCCUGCAGGCGCGCAUCCACAUUCAGGCCUUCCACGAGGGCCAUCACUUCAACCAGAUGCUGACCCGAGCCAAGUUCGAGGAGCUCAACGAGGAGCUCUUCAACUCCACCCUGAAGACCGUGCAGACGGUGCUGGAGGAUGCCAAGCUGAACAAGUCGGACGUCGAUGAGAUUGUGAUGAUUGGCGGCUCCACCCGCAUCCCCAAGAUCCAGCAGCUGGUCCAGGAUUUCUUCGACGGCAAGCAGCUCUCGCGCAGCAUCAAUGCCGACGAGGCUGUGGCCUGCGGGGCCGCUAUCCACGCUGGCGCUCUCUCCGGCGACCAGACCACCAACACCACCGUUCUGCUCGAUGUCAUCCCACUGUCCUUGGGCGUCGAAACUUUGGGCGGCAUUAUGAGUCAGCUGAUUCCGCGCAACACCGUCAUCCCCACCAAGCGGACGCGCACCUUGACCGUCCUGGACAACCAGACCUCCGUCACCAUUCAGGUGUACGAGGGGGAGCGACCCCUGACAAAGGACAACCAUCUGUUGGGCACAUUCAAGUUGAGUGGCGUCCCGCCGGUGCCAUACAAAAGCUUCCCAAUUCAGGUGACCUUUGCCGUGGACGUCCACGGGAUUCUGGAAGUCAGCGCCAAUGGAGUUGGCCCCGACAUGGACAUGAAGGUUGUCGUCACCAGCGACAAGUACCGCCUGAUGCCCGACGAAAUUGAUCGCAUGAUCCACGACGCCGAGAUAUUCGCCGACAAGGAUAAGAAGCUCUUGGAGAGCCUGAUGACCCGCCACACACUGGAGUCCUACGCUUACGGUCUGCUGAAGGCGCACGGCGACUCGAAGCCCAAACUGAAGAAGGCCAUCGAAAAGGCGAUCUCUUGGCUGGAUCACAAUCCCGAAGCCGGUCCCGAGGAGUGCGAUAAGCAGCAGAAAUACAUCAAAGCCCUCCUGCAGCACGAAACUGCCGCCGUGCAGGAUGAACUGUAAGGGAUGGGCUUAUUUCUGUUUCUAUUUUUUGUUUUUGAAUAUUUAUAUGUACAAUAAAUAUAUGCCCAUCGUAUAUUGAUGGUGCCUGGA